ACUAGAAAAACUGGAAAUAAUUGGUCAAACCGUAUAAAGUGGGGUUCUUUUAUUUCAAAGUUGUUAGUUCUAUAAUUCGCCGUGGAAAUUCAGAAGCCCCCUUCUUCCAAUUCCAACUGAUCAUCCAUCAUUAAUGCCGCACAACCCAGAUGAUUUUUCAUGGAGAAUGACCUUCAAUGAAAGCUGCGGCUGCCUCUCCACACCCACUCAGAUUUGUAAGCUUUUGUUUCUAUUUCCCCCUCUUUGCUCGUAGAUUCAUCUCUUUCUCUGUUGCAAAAUGCAAACCCAGAAGCUCCCGGGUUUUGCACAAACGCAAAGAUUCCGAUAGCAUUUCUCCGGGUUUAUACCCAUUUCAAAUAUCUGUUGCAAAAUGAGGAAAUCAUCCUACCUUUUUGAUUUCUGAACAUUGGGCAUUGGAUAAGUUUGGAUGGGUUCUUGACAAAUCCCUUAAUAGAUGCCAAGUGGGAUCCCUUCUCUGUUCAUAAUCGUUGGAACUUUAUAUAAAGCUUCUAUUGCCUCUGGUUCUCAAUGAAACUUCUUCUGAUUGGAACAUUGAAAAGGUUUCGGUAUUCGGUUUUCUGAAGAAUUCUAACUUGGUUGACCUCUGUAAUGGCGGAUUGCUGCAUUGUCUAAUUCUCUAAGUUUAACGGACUUGUCUUCAGCAAUGUCGGAGAAAAGCAGGCUUCCGACUAGGUUGUUUUUGUAUCUGAUAACGAUAUCUAUGUUUCUUUUGAUCCUUUCUUCUGUAUUCAUUCUACAAUCCAACUACGAUUCAUUCUUUCCCAGCUCAGUACUUAAGCUUAUUGUUGUUAAUAAUACUUCAAAUUAUCUAAAACCCAAUGUGGAGAGUGAACCAGCGGAGCUUCCUCUGCAAGCUGUGGAAGCUCCCCCUGUGGAAUCGAAAGAAGCCAUUAGAGAUAGGGAUAUUGAUUAUCCAGUUUCCAACUAUAGCAAGGAUGAAGAUUCUGUAGAAAACCAGACAGACUUGGCCUGUGAUCCUGCUCGGGCUCGUUUGAGAGUAUAUAUGUAUGAUCUUCCACCUCUGUAUCACUUUGGAUUAUUGAGUUGGAAGGGAGAGACAGAUCAAAUCUGGCCUAAUGUCAGUAACAGAAGUCAAAUUCCAUCAUACCCAGGUGGGCUGAAUUUACAGCACAGUAUGGAGUAUUGGCUUACGCUUGAUCUUUUAUCAUCGAACGUUCCGAAUGUCAAUCAUACUUGCACUGCAGUUAGAGUGAAGAAUUCAAGUCGAGCAGAUGUGAUAUUUGUGCCAUUUUUCUCAUCCUUGAGCUACAACCAGCAUUCUAAGUUACAUGGGAAGGAGAAAAUUAAUGUGAACAAGAUAUUGCAGCAUAGGUUGAUCCAGUUUUUGUUUAGUCAGAAGGAGUGGAAGCGAACAGGUGGAAAGGAUCAUCUUGUAAUUGCGCACCACCCAAAUAGCAUGUUGGAUGCAAGAAAGAAGCUCGGCUCAGCCAUGUUUGUGCUUGCAGAUUUUGGAAGGUACCCAGCUGCAAUUGCAAAUGUUGAAAAAGAUAUUAUUGCUCCUUACAGACAUGUAGUAAAGACCGUCCCUAAUUCCAAAUCUGCCUCAUUUGACGAGCGUCCUAUUUUGGCGUAUUUUCAAGGAGCUAUAUACAGGAAGGAUGGAGGAGUAGUUCGCCAAGAACUAUAUUACCUUCUGAAAGAUGAGGAAGAUGUUCAUUUUACAUUUGGAAGUGUUAGAGCGAAUGGUAUCAACAAGGCAGGCCAAGGAAUGGCAGCAUCCAAGUUCUGCCUCAAUAUCGCAGGAGACACCCCAUCAUCGAAUCGUCUUUUUGAUUCUAUUGCAAGUCAUUGUGUUCCUGUUAUCAUAAGCGACGAAAUUGAGCUGCCAUAUGAAGAUGUCUUGGACUACACCGAGUUUUGUGUCUUCGUUCGAGCAGCUGAUUCGAUAAGGAAAGGCUAUCUACUGAAUCUUCUUCGUGGAAUUGGACGAGAAAGGUGGACGAAGAUGAGGGAUAGAAUAAAGGAAAUUGUGCCUCAGUUUGAAUAUCAGUAUCCAUCUCAGAAAGGGGAUGCUGUCGACAUGAUUUGGCAAGCAGUGUUGCGUAAGGUGUCGAAAAUAAAAUUUAAUCGGAAUAGGAAGAACAGGUAUAGUAGAUCUCAACUUCUCCUAAAGAACAAUUGAUAUUGAAUUCAAUAAACAUAGGAAGUUUUGUAGUCACUGAGAUCUAUCAUCCCUUCUGCACCAUAUUGCUGUGAUCAUGGAUCUUUUUUUUAACUCAAAACAGACAAGUUUUGAGAUUAGAGGCUGUCUAGAAUUAAUCUUUACUCAAAUUUUCAUUCUCUGAACUUGUAAAGUUCAUUGCAGAUUUGGA